UGGCAUGAUAACAUUAAACCAUAAUGGGGUUUGCUUGUCUUUUAUUGUAACGUCGUAUGUGACAUUAUCCAUUGUAUUUAGCAUUAUGUACAGACUUAGUUAUUUUGGCUUGCCCAACAAACCAUCACUAAAUAUGCCCUAGCAUGGUGUUAUAUGUGAAUCAGGCCACUAUGACUUGCUUUGUUUAUGAUCUCAGGUGUUUCCUAUGGUUACAAUUGUGUAUGCAAAUAUCCUAAGGAGCUUUCCUUGUACUCUCCCUGUACUACUUGUCUGUCAAUGUUACACUUUCAUUUGGUUAUCAUCCUGUCCCUAUUAAGUAUGUGAUCACUUCCUGUCUUAGAAAAUAAUCUGGUUGUUCUCUGACAAGCUGAAAUAAUGGCAGCAGAAGAUGUUAACGUUACUUUUGAAGAUCAGCAGAAAAUCAACAAGUUUGCUAGAAACACCAGUAGAAUUACAGAACUAAAAGAAGAAAUAGAGGAUAAGAAGAAACAGCUUCAGAACUUGCAAGAUGCUUGUGAUGACAUCAUGAUACUUGACGAUGAUUCAUUACUGAUACCAUAUCAAAUUGGAGAUGUCUUCAUUAGCCACCCCCAAGAUGAAACAGAAGAGAUGUUGGAGGAGGCAAAGAAAAACUUACAGGAAGAAAUUGGAACUUUGGAAUCGCAAGUGGAAUCCAUCCAGAGAGUGCUAUCAGAUCUUAAAGUCCAGCUUUAUGCAAAGUUUGGCAACAAUAUAAAUCUCGAGGCAGACGAUAAUUAAAUAGCAAUAGAAAUAGUAUUGGAUGUUUUUGUACUAAUUAUUUUUGCUUUAUAGUCAUUUUUUGAGAAACCCCACUUCCUUUAAAUUACAUUUUUGUUGCAUGUAUUUAAUUAAAGAACUCUUUAUUUUACAUACUUAAGCUUAUUUAUAUGUUUAAACAAACAUGUCCAAAUUCUAUGGUGUGUUAUUAAAGGUGGGUGCUUAAAGGUUUACUGAAAAAAAUAAUAAAGCUCACGGAAAUACA